UCAACAAACUCAUUUUCAUUUCAUUUAUCCCUUCAUAUCACCAUCAUCACUCAUAUCCCCUUCACACUUAUUAUUACAACACCAAAACGCCACAAUGGGAGACACCAAACUACCUGAUGUACUCUUCCUACUCUUCACCUUAAUUCUUGCAGCUAAAUUCACGCAAGGAAUAAAAACAGAAGAGUUGUUACCUCAAUCUUCUGAACCCCAAAGAGAGCCAAGUUUGGAGGAUGGCAAUGAGACAUGGAAAAUGAGGAUUUCUAGGAGACUGAUGAUUGGAUCCACUGCACCAACUUGUACGUACAAUGAGUGUAGAGGUUGUAAGUAUAAAUGCAGAGCUGAGCAAGUGCCAGUAGAGGGAAAUGACCCAAUUAAUAGCCUAUACCACUACAGAUGUGUUUGUCAUAGAUGAUAUAUCAUGCUCAAUAAUGUUGAAUUAUAGCACACUGUAACUUGAAUUCUAGUAGACAUGAGUUUAUCUCCUCUGAGUUACUGCUAAGAAAACUUCAAUUCCUCAUUACUCCCACAAUCCUUCUUUCAAUGCUAAGAGUUUUCGUGAGUGCUUGUGCUCAAAGGU